AUGGAGGCUGCGCCGCGGCGAAGCCCCGAGCCGCGGGAGAAGCCGCCGGUGCUGGACGGGGAGGCAGCGGGGGCGCCCGUGGGGGCGUCGGGCGCGGCCCCGGCCUCGCCGGCGGCGACCGAGCAGAUCGUGGCGGAGGGCGAGGCGGCGGCGAGCACGUUCGUGCAGCGGCAGCUCGGGGCGAUGCUGCAGCCCGCCGUGAACAAGUUCUCGCUGCGCAUGUUCGGCAGCCACCGGGCCGUGGAGAUCGAGCGGCAGCGGGUGAAGUCGGCGGGCGCCUGGAUUAUCCAUCCCUACAGCGACUUCAGGUUUUAUUGGGACCUCAUCAUGCUGCUCCUGAUGGUGGGGAAUUUGAUCAUCCUGCCCGUGGGCAUCACUUUCUUCAAGGAUGAGAACACCCCUCCCUGGAUCGUUUUCAACGUGCUUUCAGACACCUUCUUCUUGGCUGACCUGGUGCUGAACUUCCGGACAGGCAUCGUGGUGGAGGACAACACAGAGAUCAUCCUUGACCCUCACACCAUCAAAAUGAAGUACUUGAAGAGCUGGUUCCUGGUCGACUUCAUUUCCUCCAUCCCUGUUGACUACAUUUUCCUCAUUGUUGACCUGGAGACCCAGGUGGAUUCUGAUGUCUACAAGACAGCCCGGGCCUUGCGCAUCGUGCGCUUCACCAAGAUCCUCAGCCUGCUGCGCCUGCUGCGUCUCUCACGCCUCAUCCGCUACAUCCACCAGUGGGAGGAGAUCUUCCACAUGACGUAUGACCUGGCCAGUGCCGUGGUGAGGAUCUUCAACCUCAUUGGGAUGAUGCUGCUGCUGUGCCACUGGGAUGGCUGCCUCCAGUUCCUGGUGCCCAUGCUGCAGGAUUUCCCUGAGGACUGCUGGGUCUCCAAGAACCACAUGGUGAACGACUCGUGGGGGAAGCAGUACUCACAUGCCCUGUUCAAGGCCAUGAGCCACAUGCUCUGCAUCGGCUACGGGCAGCAGGCACCCGAGGGCAUGACCGACGUCUGGCUCACCAUGCUCAGCAUGAUCGUGGGGGCCACCUGCUAUGCCAUGUUCAUCGGCCACGCCACCGCCCUCAUCCAGUCACUGGACUCAUCCCGGCGCCAGUACCAGGAGAAGUACAAGCAAGUGGAGCAAUACAUGUCAUUCCACAAACUGCCUGGGGACACGCGCCAGCGGAUCCACGAGUACUAUGAGCAUCGCUACCAGGGCAAGAUGUUUGAUGAGGAGAACAUCCUGGGGGAGCUCAGCGAGCCGCUCAAAGAGGAAAUCAUCAACUUCAAUUGCCGCAACUUGGUGGCCAACAUGCCCCUGUUUGCCAAUGCUGACCCCAACUUUGUGACAGCCAUGCUGACCAAGCUGCGUUUUGAGGUCUUCCAGCCUGGGGACUUCAUCAUCCGUGAGGGCACCGUGGGCAAAAAGAUGUACUUCAUCCAGCACGGGGUGGUCAGCAUCCUCACCAAGGGCAACAAGGAGACAAAGCUGUCUGAUGGCUCCUACUUUGGGGAGAUCUGUCUGCUGACACGGGGCAGACGCACAGCCAGCGUGAGAGCCGACACCUACUGCCGCCUCUACUCCCUGUCCGUGGAUAAUUUCAACGAGGUGCUGGAGGAGUACCCCAUGAUGCGCAGGGCCUUCGAGACGGUGGCCAUGGACCGGCUGGACCGCAUAGGGAAGAAGAACUCCAUCUUGCUCCGCAAGAGAGCCGAGCACAGCUCGGGGCCCCUGAACAACGAGAUGAUACAGCAGAUCGUGAAGCACGACCAGGACAUGGCUCACAACAUCCAGGACCUGCAGCAGAUGGCGAUGGGCCGGGAGCUGAGCGGGAAGCCGGUGAUCUGGGAGCCGCUGGUACACGCGCCCCUGCAGACAGCCGCCGCCACCACCAACGUGGCCAUCGCUCUGACCCACCAGCACAGCCUGCAGGCUCACAUCUUCCUGCCGCCCUCCUCCAUCUCCAGCCCACUCUCGCCCGAGGCCACCCUGCUCACGAAGCCGGUGCGCCGGUCCCAGCCCAGUCUGGGGGGCUCCCGGCCCUCCUCCGUGAGCUCCCCCUCCGGGGCGCAGUCCCACCUCCAGACGCCGGCCGCCGGCUCGCCUUCCUCCCCCAUGGUCCAGUCCCAGGCGCCGCUGGAGAGCGGGGCCCAGAGACCCAGCCCCGGGGCGCAGCCCCUGCCCCGCGCGGCGCAGAGGGGGGAGAUGCCAGCGGGCGCCAAGCAGCCCCCGGCCGGCCCCCAGCCCCAGCUCUCCAGGUCCCGCGGCGCCUCGGUCUCGACCUCUCUGCUGCAGCAAGCGGCGGGAGCUGCGUCCCCCAGCUCCGAGCAGGCGCUGCCGCCGGGGAGAACGCUCCACUACAGCCUGUCCCGAGCCACUGGCUCCCACAUCUCCCUCCUGAUGCAGCCCCAGCAGCUGGUGAAGCACAGGAGCAUCCAGGGCCUGCCGGUGGGGCGGCUCACCCAGGAUGUCCGGCUCCUCUCUGCCUCCCAGCCCUCCCUUCCCAAUAAAGUGGCCCAACAAGCCGACGGGAGCUCCUUGAAGCAGGGCAGGAAAUCUGCAGGGAACCUGGCCCGCAGGUCCUCGCCCUCGGUAGCCGGACUCCUCGCCAAGCCCUGUGCGGGGAUCGCAGGCCAGACCACACACUCGCAGCAGAUGCCUUCAGGAUCGCUGGCUCAGACCGGCCGCUCCGCGGCGGGAGCGUCCACUCCCCAGUCCCCGGGCUCCGCGUCCAGGCAGGCAGCAGGUCCCUCCCGCAAGGGCUCCGUGGCCUUCAGCCCCGAGGUGGAAACGGCAAAGCCCAAACUCCCAUCCAACAUGUGA